UUAGCCAAGAAGAGACCCGGGUUUCCGUGAUGUCGUAUGCGAACUCUGCAAACAUUCAUAUUCGCUUUUCGACAUAUUUUUCUGAUAAAAGCCAGUUCGAUAAUGCCGUGGAUAGAAUUCGAUAUACAGGCGGAGGAACUGCCACCAGCAUGGCUUUGAACAUGGCAUAUAAUUCUAUGUUUACGACAGGAUAUGGAGCCAGAGGACCAGGGUUUAAAAAGGUAUUAGUAAUCUUGACAGACGGGUAUAGUAACGGGCAGGUGAGCGGACCAGCUUUGAAACUGAAGAACUAUGGGGUUGUAAUAUUCAGUGUGGGGAUUGGACACAGAUUAUCUAUGCAAGAACUGAGAGAAAUGGCAUCAGAUCCAGUGGAUCAACAUGUUAUCAUCUUGGACAACUUUUCCCAACUAGAAUCUCUUGCCAAAAAGAUGUCUGGCCAAACGUGCAACGCAUCUCAUUUCCAGGUGUUUUGUGACAAAGACUAUAUGACAGCUGUAUUUCACCGAUCAGAUCUUCCAAAGAAUGUCAAUGUUGGUCGUCUUUAUCUUCAAUACCGGAGUUACUAUUGUAAAGCAAGCUAUAACUCAACACAUGUCAUUGUAAAAACUCAGCUUACUGGUUGUGGAACAGUGGUCACAAAAGACGAUCAAACCCUCUAUUUUAGCAACUCUCUGUCUGAGGUAGAACAGAGUUAUAGUGGCUCUGGUGUUAUCACAAGAAAUUACCUCUUCAGAGCCAACAUGACAUGUUCAUUUCCUCGAAAACGUACUGUUGGAUCUUUCAGUUUUGAUCCAGCAAAAGAAAGAACGCUCGUUGUUCUGAGUGGAAAAGGCAAUUUCUCUCUGUCAAUGGAUGUUUUCAGAAGCAGGAAUUAUCGUGAUUCAUACACUUCACAAGACUAUCCAGUUGUCAAAUCACUGUCAGAUAAUCUUUAUAUUCAAUAUUAUUUAAACACGAGCAACUAUGAUCUUGUCGUGCGCGCAGAGACGUGUAGAGCUACACCUACGAACAGACCUUAUGAUACUCCACAGUAUGUCUUCAUUGAUGACGGUUGUGAUAAAGAUGAGACGAUCCGGCAUUAUACAUACGGGAUGAGUUCUGUACAACGUUUCAGUAUCCAGGCUUUUCGCUUUCUCUCACAACAUCGGUUCGUCUACCUCCACUGCGAUCUUGUUGUCUGUUACAGAUAUGAUUCUAACUCCACCUGCUCCCGAAGUACUUCAUGUCCGCGACGAGUUCGUCGCGCUGCUGUCGACGAACCAUCAGAUGAUGCAUCAAAAAAAUAUGCGCUGUCAUUUGGUCCAUUGAUGUAUGGAAAGGAAUCAACUGACAAGAACUCUGGAGGUAAAUCUGGUGCCAGCAGUGCACUUUUUGGUUCUCUGGUUGGGGUCGGUUGCCUCAGCCUGAUUCUUAUUGGCGCUUUGGUUAUCGUGAUUAAAAGACCUCGUCGUCAUAGAUCCACUGUUCAACCGCAAACUGGGGUCGAAAACAAAGACGAUGCGAUGGCAUUACCCAAUUUAGGGUAUACUUAAAUAUUAACUGUACCUGUUUCCUUUUCAACCGGAGACAUGCUAAGCCAUGCUUGGUCUGGAAACUCGCCUAAAUGUUUUGUUCUGUCUGUGUUAAUGUUUAUCAUGGGUGCUAUAGUUAAAAUGGAAUUCAAGUCUGUUCUGCACAUCGGCAUUUCUCAAUGAUAAUGCGAGUGCCUUCUGGUGUGAAAUUUGUCCAAAUCUCGCGCGUUUUAAUCCAUUCAUUUGAACUUAAAUAGUGUUUUACACAGUUCAUGAAAUUCAGUUGAAAUUUACAGUACUAAAAUCUCGCUGAAAUUUCAGCUCAUGGACAUUGUAGACAUUGGCCGAGCUUCCAGACUAUGACUGAUGUAGCUAUAAAGCUUCAAAUUGUAAAAUUGUAUAACGCAGCAUUUGAUUGAAUAAUACUUUCGCCUUUAGCUCAGGUAUUAUUAUCACUAGAAUUAUUUAUUG